AUGCUGAGUCACUUCAGUAGUGUCCAACUCUGUGCAGCCCUAUGGACCAUAGCUUGCCAGGUUCCUCUAUCCAUUGGAUGCCCCAGGCAAGAAUACUGGAGCAAGUUGCCAUGCCCUCUUCCAGAGGAUCUUCCCAACCUAGGGAUCAAACCUGCAUCUCUUGUGUCUCCUGCAUUGGCAGGCAGGUUCUUUACCAUUAGCACCACCUGGGAAGCCCCCUGGUUUUAUCAUAACUUAACAAAUAUCUCCACACCUAACCCAUCCCAGCUCCAGCCCAUUUUGCACAUUGCCCCAUUAUUUUUCCUUUUGCCAAAAGUGUCCAGUAACUCCCAGAAAACGACAGGAUCAUAUUUCAAUAUUCCAGCUUGCAGUUCAGGAUCUUCCCCAAACUUUUCACACCCUAAAUUUCCACCUUAG